AUGUCGACGGAGCUGACAGGCAUAACGGGGACUUACCGGUACAUGGCGCCAGAAAUCUUCCGGGGAGAGGGUCAGUACACGGCGGCGGUGGACGUGUACUCUUUCUCGCUGGUGAUGUGGUACAUCUUCGCCGGGGAGCAUCCCUUCUGCAACACCGACGGUAUUUCUGUAGCCAGCAUGGCAGCCAAGUACAACUUCCGUCCGGCAGUGCUGAGCGAACGGACGAUGCCGAGGGAGCUACAGGUGAUGAUGAGGCGAUCAUGGGCGGAGGAAGGGAAGGAUAGGCCGGGGGCAGCGGAGCUUCUAGAAGAGAUCGCGAGAUGGCGAGGUAGGUGGGGUGGGUGCAUGAGAGUUGGUACAGUUCUCCAAUGGGGAUGA